CUUUGAAUAAGAAUUGACGUAUACACCAUCUGUGAUGGUUAAUUGAUCGUUUUCCUGAGUUGGGCGUGUAAAGAAAUAUCCCUAAAUAUGUCUUAUGAUGUGAUUGCGAACCAACCAGUCGUCAUUGAUAAUGGCUCUGGUGUUAUCAAGGCAGGAUUUGCUGGUGACCAAAUUCCAAAGUAUCACUUUCCAAACUUUGUUGGUCGACCAAAGCAUGUACGUGUCAUGGCUGGUGCCCUAGAGGGAGACAUAUUCAUAGGUCCAAAGGCCGAGGAACACCGAGGGCUUCUUAGUAUCAAAUACCCCAUGGAGCAUGGUAUAGUAAAAGAUUGGAAUGAUAUGGAGAGGAUAUGGUCCUACAUUUAUUCAAAAGAUCAACUACAAACAUUCUCAGAAGAGCAUCCAGUAUUAUUGACGGAGGCGCCUCUAAAUCCCAGAAAGAAUCGAGAGAAAGCAGCGGAAGUCUUCUUUGAAACAUUCAAUGUACCAGCUCUUUACAUCUCAAUGCAAGCCAUUCUUAGUUUAUAUGCUACAGGUAGAACCACAGGAGUAGUCUUAGAUUCAGGAGACGGUGUGACGCACGCCGUCCCGAUCUACGAAGGUUUCACGCUUCCGCACUCCAUCAUGAGAGUAGACCUAGCUGGUAGGGAUGUGACGCGCUAUCUACGACUACUACUCAGGAAGGAGGGCUUUGACUUCCAUACAUCAGCUGAGCUAGAAAUAGUCAAGUUCAUCAAAGAGCAAUCGUGUUACCUAUCAAUAAAUCCUCAGAAGGAUGAGACGUCAGAAGCAGAGAAGACUACAUAUACCCUACCAGAUGGCAGCCACUUAGAGGUUGGUCAAGCCAAGUUCCGAGCACCCGAGCUUCUCUUCCGACCCGACCUGAUAGGUGAAGAAUGUGAAGGUCUACACGAGGUCUUGACCUUUGCCAUCGACAAGUCCGACAUGGAUCUCAGGAGAACGCUCUUCUCAAACAUUGUCCUGUCUGGUGGAUCAACGCUCUUCAAAGGGUUUGGUGAUCGGCUACUCAGCGAGGUCAAAAACCUUGCCCCCAAGGAUGUCAAAAUUAGGAUUUCAGCUCCCCAAGAGAGGUUAUACUCAACAUGGAUAGGAGGCUCCAUCUUAGCUUCCCUGGAUACGUUCAAGAAGAUGUGGGUCUCUAAGAAAGAGUACGACGAUGAAGGAGUGCGAGCCAUCCAUCGGAAAACAUUCUAGCGGAGAGCUCCAAUUGUGUAAUAUUAUUACCGAGUAACUUUAAACAGUAAAAAAUAAGAUACUUAAUUAAUCAGCUGUACAGUUCUUGAUUAUUAAUUAUGAAAACCAUUGUAUAUGAAUGCAGGGUGUGACAAACUAUGGCUAUUGUUGUAGAUAAAGGCUGUAAGAUCCAUUAUUUGUGUAGACAAUGUGUCUGCAGUCAGACCGUAGCAUUCUGCGCUAGAUAUUUUGAACAAGAGACAACUUCAUUACUGAAGCUACUCACUACUAUCAGGAAGACAUUUACAAAAGAGGCUUACUUGUUCAUAAAGAGUUUGUUAAGUCCCUGUCUCAAAUUUAAGAAAUGCAAAAAUGAACAGUGAGUGAUUAACGGGGAAUACAUCAGGCGUUUGUUCAUUCUCUCUUGAUCAGCAUUCCAAGGAAUACACAAUUUUGAAUAUUGCUGUAUAGAAAGUCAUUUCACAAAUUAGUUCUUGUAGAUUUGCCUCUGAGUAGUACAUGUAGUUCCAAGCUAGUCUAGUUUCCGGGGCGGUAGUUUGUCACGCCCUGCGCUUGGAUGCCUAUGAUAAUUAGCCUACCGGUAUACAGUUAUACAGAGCUUUCUAUUCGAUGUGAAUCUCUUUGUCCACUUCUCCUAGACUUGCAGAGGGAAAAUGUGCUCCAGGCAAGAAGGGUCAGACCAAAACCAUCCACAACUUAAUGAUCUUUUAGGUUUUGGUUGGGAAAAAUAAAAUGGCUGUUAAGCAGUUCAUUAUGUAGAGCAGAUACUAAAUCAUAUUACAAGAUUUGGUUUAGAAAUGUCUCGAUAUAUUCUAAGGGCAAAUAAUCUUACAAAGUUCAUGCUGUCUUUGAUGAUUUAUUUGUUCAUUUGAUAUGCUUUACGAAACAAUGAAGGAAAUUCUUCAGUGGUGCCAUCGACGCUUUGGCUGGCAGAAAUGUAAAAUAAACCAUUCUGUAAUGAUGCAAUUUUAGUAUAGAAAUCAAGUAUGCAAAACAUUCCAUACUUUAUCAGAGAUGUAAAUUAUGAAUAGGAAGACUGUUAAUGAAUAUUGUGAUCAAACUAGCAGAUCUGCUGCACUGAUAAGCCAAGCAAAAAGCUUGUAGACGAGCAUGCUUUACUUCAGAGUUUUAUGUUAAACUGCUCUCUAAUAAAUAAAAAACAAUUAAAAUGCUAAAGAGAAAAAUGUGCUAUAAACUUCUUGCCCUGUUCUUAAAUUUUGACGACCUUUUACAAAAAAGCCAGGAGCAUAUUUUCCUCUGUAUGUACAGUAAGUACCCCAGUAGUUGUAUACCUGCUACCCUUGUAUGUAGUGCUGUAACGUGUGCGUUGUGCAGUGUUCUCGUCUGUAUGAAAUUAAAUCUCCAUCUCACCAAUUAUCAAUGGUGUUCCGUAGAUACCAUUGGAAGAUAUGAAUAUAUCUUUGUCUGUCAUGAUGUAAUCACAUUAUUCUGCAAUGACACAAUCUUUUAUUUUCAUGGAAGAUUAUAUAUGUCACCGAUCAUGUGGUUUCAUUGCUAAAUUACUCAACAUGUUCAUCUUAAUCCCUUCACUAAUGUGGGGUAUAAUUCCUGCACGAGCGUGUUAUUGUUUUACUUUCACUUUAGAAUAUCAAAUACCAGGUAUAUUCUCCCUUUGAAACAUGCCAUCAUUUGAGCUGCAGUGAAACAAUUUGAUUGGCCUGUGUGGGACUGCCUGUUUUACCAGCUGUCAACAAUUACCUAUUUUUACAAAAAGCGGCUAUUAUUCGCAAUUGGACGAUAUAUACUCAUGAAUAUAUACAUUUUUGUUUAGGCAUGUCUACGGUGAAAGUUAUUCAAGUAAUAGAUUUAACCCCCAAUUUUACCUUAAAAACAAAGAAUUAAAAUGGUAAUAUGAAUCUUACACAUUCAUUUUGUUACAAUUGUAUGUGUAAAGCUAGCAAGAUGGAAGGGUUGAAUGCAUUAACCCCUACAGACUGGUAUAUAACUCUCUCAGCAUGUCUCCUUUUUGUUUGAUACGAAAGAUUAGGAACAUGAUGUGACAAGCCAUUCCUAAUUGUGCAAAAAUUGAUACAAUAUGCAAUUAGUUCCACUUUUGCACCAUCAUACGAUUUCAUUCUUUUUUAAACACAAAACCUUUACAAAAUAUUGCUAGCAUGCAUUCAAGUGUAAACGCUGGAAACAAAAGUCUUUUUUGUGUUUCUCUAUUUAGUUGAAGACCCUAUGCUGCAUACAUGUACAUGUAGUUUCGCUUUCAAUAUUGCAGAGCUCAUAUUGAAAUUAUUGGGACGACCAACAUGAAUUCAAGCAUAACUUAUGAGCCACGAUUUAUGGCAAAAAAAGUAGAUGGAUUGGUAGAACAAGCUUCUCAAUUUAGCAUAAAGAAUAGGAUUUGUCAACUCUCUCCUAAUGAUUACCAUAAUACACUCUAGUUCGAAACAUAAUGUGUCUAUUUGCAGUAUGAUGCAAUACAUGUUUCCUUCUUUGCUUUUUCUAAAUUUAUAUGUUUGUAUGUGCAUUUGGCUUCCAGCCAUAUCCCAACAUUAAUUAGUAUUAGAUUGAGAAAAAAAAUAGCACAUAGCUACAAAUAAUAGCACAUCAGCAAGUGACAAUAUUAUUUGUAUUGGCACAACAGUGAUUGAUGAAGAUCCUUAUGCUCCGACACAUCUAUGUUCUGGCAUGUAUGGGGUAUAUUUAUGAGGAAGUGAUAUCUUGAAAUGUUUUUUUCCACACGUAUAGCCUUUGUUGCAUAAUUCAAAUCUAGAACAGGUGUUUUUUAUUUGAAAAUCUGAAUGUAGUCAAUAUUUAUGGCUAGUCCGCAUGUUAUAUUCAACAUUAUUUACUUUUAAUUUAUUACUUAUUGUAAAUAUUCUUUAAACUUAUUACUGUUUUUUUGCUUUGAUAUUUUUUAUAUAUCAAAUCAUAAAUUAUUUGAUUUUUGAAUUAUAUUUCAUUUGAAGAAUGAACAUGCCACUGAUAAUUUCAUAGAUGUACAGGAGUAACCAAAAUCUCUUUUUAAGGUCAGUUCUUUUUUUAAUGUUUUGUUUUUCUUCUGUUUUGGGGAAUCAAGGUAUGAUUAUUGGAUUUGUGAUUAUAAAUAAUAUCACUGUCUUAUUUCAUGAGUUUUGCAUUUUUGUUUGUGUGUUUCAUGCUAGGAAUCAAACACAGUUAACUGAAUUAUUCAUACCCUUACCUAGAUUUUUAAUUUAUCUUGAUAUAUGUUUCUUGAUUACGUUACAUAUUAAACCUGGCAUCUGAAAGUAUUCAAUAAAUACCCUAAUUCAACCAAUCCAUAAUUCUUGAGUUAUGAAAACAAAAACAAAAAACAUUUAAUUUACAAGGGGUAUGAACAAUUUAGUUAAUGUAUCUCAACAAAUUACCGGUAAUUGAUUGUUUAGUUGGAUAUUGUAUCAUGCAAAGGAAAUCGGUCAGUAACCACAUAAAUAUGAAGAUGCAUUCUGUCCAGUGACCAUCAUUUAUCUAUCAGUUUGUGCAAUUGUUAAGAAAAGCGUAUACCUUUUUAAGGGAGUGUAUCGUAAAAAUAUAUUUGAAAAAACAUGCUCAGUUUUCGUCUUAUCACCACUUGGUAGAGGAAAUAUAUUACCAACUCUUCUCCACUUUACCUCUUAAGAGCACCCAUGAAAAGAAUCCCUCUGUUUUUCAAAUGUAUUACAACCAAUUACCUAUCGAGCAUAUGUUGAUGGGUGUUUAGGAUAGUCUCGCCUUCCUGGUUUUACCUCCGUUUUUAGUAAGAUAUCCUCUUUGACAGAUACCUUAUUUUAGGAUCUUGGAGAUACAUGUAUGUGGCUGUUUAAACAUAGUUAUUUCCACUUGAUAUACAUAGAUGGCAUGUUUAGCAUAGAUCCCCUUGUAGAAAAUGCAUCUCUGCUGAAAAGAAAAAUAUUACUGAUACUUCUGCAAUUCUAUGUAGUGUAAAUAAAGAAGUAAUUGUGACUCUAAA